CAAAGUAACAAACACACGGAAGUGAAAGUACAAGUGAAGUGUUUCCUAGUUCAGAAAGAUCCGAUGUUCAGUGUGUGUGAAAGAAUGAGCUCUUUACAAUUUGACGAUGUUUUACUUGAGAUUUCAAACCAGCUUUCCAGUGACGAGCUGGAGAAAUUGAAGUUUCUGUAUCGAGAGAAGAUCGGGAAAAAAGAUCGGGAGAAGAUCAACAGCGGAAUCAAACUCUUUCAGGUUCUGACAGAGCGAGGGGAGCUGGGAGCCGCUGAAACAGAGGCGUUGUCCGAGCGACUCCAACAAAUUCAACGACACGAUCUCGCAGACAAAUUAACCACGUUUGAAAGUCCGAGUGGAAACACUGACAGUGAACCGGACCAGGCGGAGAAAGCCAAACUGGACAUUGCCACGGAGGUGAUCGCAGAAAACGUAGGAAGGCAUUGGCGUAAACUGGGCCGCAAACUGGGUUUGAGUGAUGUCAAGUUGGAGUCCAUAGGCAGGAGGUAUCCCACAGAACUGGAGGAGACAGUAGUAGAGCUGCUGAAGGCGUGGAGAAAGAGUCGAGGAGCCCAGGCCCGAGCAAAGGAGCUGAUAGAAGCCCUGAGGGCGUGUGACUACAACCUGACUGCUGAUAAAGUGGAGGGCAAACUGGCAGCCCAAGGAUAUUGAUGGAGAUCAACAGAUGAGAUUGAGAAAAACUCAGUGAAAAUGAAAUGUACUACUAUAGCUAUAUAUUAAAUUAUGAUUGUUGAGAUGAAUCAAUUGACUUUCUGAAUGUCAUAAAAUGUAUAACAAUAGCUUUUUUUAUGUCUGACAAUUUAUUUUUAUGUUAUAUCAAAUGCAAAUUGUAUCUACAUGUGGGAUGACAUUUUCAGAUUUAAUUUCAUCAGUGCCAUUAUUAGAAGAGCAAGAAUGAUUUAAGUUUCCUGCAAUUGUAAAAGAGGACUGAACUGGUGUUCUAAACCUUUCAAGAGGAAAAGCUGAAGGACAGUCCUAUUUGAUACAGACUCCACUAUAAAAAAGCUGUACUUGUAUGUGCACUAACCUCACAUAAAGGUCCUGUUAUAAAGCAGGGGUAGUGAGUAUUAUUAGUAUCAAAUCAGUGGAUAUACUGUAGAUGUUGUGUACUGGGGGAAAUCCACUUAUUUGCUUUCAGUCAGAGACUUGGAUCAGAAGAUAAAUACGACUCACAUCUGUCUGUUAAUUAAAGAAUACAGCAACGGUGAAGUGCUGUUUUUCCUGAA